AUGCUUUCCAGGCCACUUGCUAAAUCUCUGAGACGGUCUUUUUCUUCUUUACAAAACGUUCAAAAAGCUGCGCAGACUUCAAGCAUCGAGAACCUUAAAACGGACCAUGGGAAAUACAAAGCGCUGUCGCGGGCACAAGUGGCUUACUUAGAUCGUGCUAUCAGAGUGGACCAGGCCGGCGAACUAGGUGCAAACUACAUUUAUGCUGGUCAAUACUUCGUUUUGGCUAAUAAAUACCCACAUUUGAAGCCAGUCUUACAACACAUGUGGGACCAGGAAGUUCAUCACCAUAAUACCUUCAACGAACUGCAAAUACAACGCCGGGUGCGACCAAGUUUGCUCACGCCGCUAUGGAAACUUGGCGCUUUUGCAAUGGGCAGUGGGACUGCACUCAUAUCUCCAGAGGCAGCGAUGGCAUGCACAGAGGCCGUCGAAACGGUUAUCGGGGGCCACUACAACGAUCAGCUACGGUGUCUCAACAACCAGUACGAAAUGGAAACGACAUCAGGCAAACAGGGCCAGAGCCAGGAAAUUAAAGACCUCACGUCGACCAUCAAACAGUUUAGGGACGAGGAACUUGAGCACCUCGAUACCGCUGUGGAACAUGACUCGCACAAGGCCGUGCCUUACAAGGUCUUGACCGAGGGCAUCAAACUGGUGUGCAAAACGGCCGUGUGGACGGCAGAACGUAUAUGA